AUGCUGGGUCGGCUCCAGCUACGUGCCGACGAAGCCUUGGAACAGUACAGUGUUGUGGGAGCGAAGGUGUUUGCACGCAAACGCUACGAUUUGUUGACCAUGUAUGGAGUGGUCAAGAAUCGCUACAAGUCUAGAUACCUGGCGCGAGCGUUUCAAGCUAUCUCGGCACGAAGUCGACUCGAUACGCCGGCAAAGCCACCAAACGGCAAUGGCGAGGUGAAGAAGGCGAAGACCGCGCUGGGUAGAAAGUACGAUAGGAUCAAGGCCGACGAGCGCCAGGCCAAACACGUGCGAUUAGCCAAUGGCAAUCCUGACGGUCCCAGAACUAUCGUUGUCGCUCAUGGUGGAGAUGACGCCUUGGAAGUCCAGCUCUUCCGAAGCUACGACCAUCCAGUCCCGAACGAGCCUGCAGACGCGCGAGGCAGCAACCGACCACCGCAGACAAACCGCAGACUGACCAAAUACAUGAUCGCAACAUUGUCAACGCUUUUAGCAAGCGUAGGGCUUUCCAGAAUAAAGUGCUGGGAGUCCGAGGCGAAACACGUGGACUUUUCUCAGACGGUGAUCAACGGUCGCCCGGAAGGCUCCGCGCGAAUCGAAUACCUACGGUUCAAUGUGUCCUACCAGUACGACGUCAGGGGAGGCACCCAGCCUACAAAGUACCGUUUAAGCAAGAUCAAGCUGGGUGAAUGGCGUGGGGAGGAUGGCGCCACUAUCAAACAGUACAUGCAGGAUGCCGUGACGGAGUACUUGAACUCGCCUGGUCAACGUGAUCGGAUACACGAUUGUGCCAAGGCCAUGGUUGAGGUGCGGCGUGAAAGGCAGCGCACGGUGCGAUGGGAACCUUUCGCAAUGCACGUCGAGUACAUCUGUCCAGUCGAGGGGCAGAAGUGCGAAGGUCAAACGUUCGAAUCGAGGUCGAAGUUGCGGCAGCACGCGGUCGAGCAGCGUGGCUUUGUCUGGAAAGUCAUGUGUGUUGGGAGCGAUCGUAAGGUCUUGUUCCAGUGGGCGUGCUUGUGGGAUCAGUGCGGUGAAAGACAAGUUUCCGUCUUCGCUGACGACGCAACGUUCAAGAGGCACCUGGCCGACUACCACAACAAUAACGAACCCACCGUCAUGGAAGACAGCCAAUUCGAGUCGUGGCUAAAUAGCGGACUCAAGGUGAAGACGCCCGCCAUCUCCAGGACGCAAACGAUGGCAAGCUAUCUUAAUCCAGGAUGA